GGAUCGACGUCAGUGAGCUGUGGUUGCAUGGAGACCGAUGGAGACCAAAUUAGAAGAAGAAAGCAGUUUCAAGAUGGAGAAUGGAAUAUGGCAUAAGUUAUGGAAUUUUCGACCGAUUUUCUACGCAGUGUUAACUCGGGUUAUGUUCUUUAUCCACGGAUUUAUGUCUGUGUGGCUCCUUGCACACUGCCUCGAUAACACCAUAUACUGGGUAACCAUUCUUGGUAUCGUGUUGUUGUUCUUCGAGAUGGUGUACACUUUGCUUGCUCGCAAAGGACAAGAAUACAAAUACUUUUGGCCAAGUUGCUUUUUCUACAUGUCUACCAUGAUUCCAAUCAUAUGGAUUGUGGAGUUAGACCUUCUAGAAGGACGUAUUACUAAUGGAAAUGAGACUACAGUUACACCAAUUCCAAGUAAUUCAGGGUGCUUUGGGGACAUGAAUUCAUUAACACUGGCCAGGCAGAUAUGUGAAUUGGGUCUGAUUAUUGGUAUAAUCAUAGGAAGGUGGCUUCUACCAAGAGGUGAGAUCACCCGUGACCAGCUCUCUGCCCUGUUACUGGGUUAUGUGGGAACUGCAGCAGAUAUCCUUGAACUAUUUGAAGUUCUUCAAGACGAAGUUGUGCAGCAAGAGGAACAGGUGACACUUGCUGUUCUUGGUGUGUACACCUGGAGCUUACUACAGUUCUGUCUUGUCACAACAGCAACAACUGGAAAGAAUAAUCAGAUUCGCAUCACAAACAACAAGGUAAGUCCUGAUGACGUGAUCAACCGCAAAAUAAGUCUCCACAAGUACGGGAAGCAAGAAGAUCUUAAAGAGAGAUAUAUUCAGAGAUUACAGAUGAAACGUCGGCAAACAGAGAUGAAUGUUCUUCGUGGGAAAGGGUACAAGGGUGAGAAAAAGGAGAAGAAAAUCAACCCAAUUACUACUGCACGAGGAGAAGUGAAAGAGAUCUCUCGAAGGGAAAUGUUGCUCCAUGGUGAUAUAUUUGGCAUUUUAACUGGUAUCUUCAUGCAGGAUGGCCCAUUUUUGAUCCUCCGAUUACUUCUCAUAAUCAAUUACAAAGUAUACAGUGAGAUGCACAUCUUCUUUACCUGUAAGAACGCCAUUGCUUUGAGCCUCCUUGUAUAUAGAUUGUGUAUUCUAACAUGCAGUGGUGAAGAUGAGGAAGAUAUCGAACAUCAGGAACAGGAAUCCAGGCUGCAAAAUGUCCAGCAAGCUGUGUUAAGUGAAAACUUUCAAAAGGCAGGUGCUAUCCAGUUAGCAGGCUAACAAUAGCCAAUAACCAUUGAGCACACAAACUUCACUAUUUAUGUGGCUUGUGCUGACUUUUCCAACACUUCAACUUCAAGUGCUUUUUAACUGCAAAUGCAAAACCACCUGUUUGAAAAGCUUUGUAAUCUUCUUGUUAAAUUAUUACACUGUGCAUAUGAGUUCCAUUUUCAACUUGUUGGUGGUUUUGAUAUUUUGCCUUCCUUACACUCCUUUUCAUAACAGGCUGCAAAUGUCCAUAUUAAUAUUUAAUACAGCUUCUAACAUUAAUCUACAUUUCAUUAUUACAUCCUAGUUUCCAAUUCAUAAAUUCCUUUCAAUUGUACAUGGUUUUAUAGUUUGCGUCUGAAAUUUCUUUCUUACAGUGUAUAUACAUGUAUGUGUAGAGUGUUUAAUUUUUUUGUAUUUACCUUUUCAUUCGUUCCUUUCUCAGUCACUUUAUUACAGUGUAUGUUUUUUGUUGCUCCAUUUGUUUCUUUUUAUUUUUCAUUCCAUUUUCCUCUGUUUUCCAUCAUUGUACUUCCUAAAUUUGUUCUAGUUUCAAUUUCCCCUUUAUCACAUGCCCAGUAACCUCUUUCCUAUUCCUACCAUUAUCCACCAGCAUUGAGAAUUCCCUUCAGUUACAUUAUCCUGGGGCAUGUGUAUGCAUGGGACAUGGCAGUGUUUGUAAAUAAUGUUUCUCCUUAAACCCCCGUUCACAGUUCAAAAAUGGCUGAGGUAGGCAUAAAAUGAUGUCAAUGCAUCCACAUCAGUUUACUUUGCCAUAACAACCACAUUUUGAAAAACAAGUUAAGCCGAAUUUCGUUUCAUUUCGAAUUCUUUAUUUGUUAACAGUUUUUCUUAACAUCUUGUGUACCAUGGUAGAAUUAGGACCUUUCACUCAAUGUAUUUUUAUUUGCAUAAUUAUGUAACUGAAGAAGGUCUAAGACCGAAACGUUUUUGGUAAGUUAUUGGCUUUUUUUUUGUACAGUUCUUAGCAUUUAUGACCUUUUUAUAUUGGAGAUGGCUUUGUCAAUUACAAUCACCUUCAUCUGUUCAGCAUUUGACAACUUUUCCUGCUCCAGAGAAGGGCAUUUGUUACAACAAGUCACCCUUUUGGGUGGGGCAUUCUCAAAGUGCAAACAAAUUGUGGGAGAAAGAAGCCUUGACAACUUUGCAGGGCAAGAAGUACAGUUUGUAAGUGUUAUGCUGCUAGUUUUAUUCAAUUAGGGUGUUUAGAUUUUCAUCUGACCGUAGGAAGGCACUUACUGUUCACAAAUUUGACUUAUAGCUUUUCACUGGCAGUCAAACAUGGAAAUAUGAACAUAAAGUCCCUGAUGAAAUGGAAAUUGCCAGUUGCAUUAUUUGUUAAGUUGUUACUUUCCAGAAGUGCAUAGCUUCUAAACACCAUGAUGUGUACCACCGUUCCAUGGCUCAAAACAGUUUACAGCACUUUCCAAGACUUAAAUUCUAAUGAGUCAUUGAGGGUCACAAAAUACAACAGCAAGGAAUGAAUCGCCACUCUUAGUUGGCCAUCAUUAGAAUCACCCUGGAAGAAUCAAAUUUGCUUUCAGAUAUUCAAGUGUCUCAAUGGCUUUGUGCCUGCCUACCUGCUGCAUGACUUUCACUACUCAAAUGAUUUUCAUGCCUGCAACACACUGAGCAAGGAUCUUCUCCAUCUGUCUCUUGCAAAGACCUCUAAAUACCAAUGUUCUUUUCGCUAUGAGGUUAUAGCAUGGAACAAAUUAUCAAUUACCACAGGUCGAUCAUGUGAUAACUUUUAUAGUUGAUUAAUAUUUUUAUCAAUUAGGUUUUUAAUAUGUACUUAAUUAGCCAUUUAUUCAGUUAUGUAUAUGAACUAUUUAUAAGUUAAGUAUUUAGUUUACAGGCCUCCAUUUAAACAGGCCCUAUCUGAAUCAGACCUGCCUGUAUAAAUAUUGCAUAUCAAUAUUUAGAUAAAUUUAAAUAAAUGAAUCAUUGGUGAAUACAUUAUUAUCAUUUUUGUGACACAUUAGGUACCAUAGCAACAAUAUUGUGUUACAAAUAUUAUGAGGUGUUUACCAAUGACUGGGUAGUUUUUUUUUACCAUGAUGUAACAUCAAGUUACAAAAGAGAUUUGACCAAAUAAGGUGGCUCCACUGUGAGGCAUUUGGAGUAUUUUGUCAAAAAAUUGAAAAAUGCCCAGGAGGGAUGAACGGGCUUGGAACUGACUGAGCCAUUGAUAUAAUAUACAAGCAAUGGACAUAUUUACACAUUUUGUAUCUAAAGAAAUAAGAUAUUUACAUAUACAGCUGUACGUAGAAUUUUAUCUUUUACAUUAAAAUAACAUAAUUGUAAAUGU